AUGGCAAGACAUCACCAUCAUCACGAGGAUCAGCACGAUGCUUCUCAACCGGACACGCCUACUAUAAGAGUCCGUCCGCGACAUUCUGAAGAUGAGAUACCUGGAGCAAAUGAUGGGCAGCGUACUGAAGCAGAAACAGUCGUAGUUGAUGAGUUGCCGCAAACCGGCUUAGUUGUCUUUGACGACUGUGUCAGUUUGCUUCAUGUUAAUAGUCUGCCUGAAAGAGCGCUGAAUCGAUGGCGUGAGGAAGAACAGCAGCACCAGCAACAUGUCCAAGAAGAGGGAGACAGUCAGCCCCAACGUCGAAGCGAAAUCCCACCACAAAUCUACGACGGCUCAGCUCCCAUCUCCUCCAGCCCCGAACUAACCCAAGUCCAACGAGCAUGUAUCGUCGCGUCGAACGGCUUCUACGUCGUCAACUGCGACACAUCAGGGCCUCAGAUAAAUAUCUGCUGGCGCGUCCCCGGCCCACGAAACAUAUGGCUCGCGAGACUUCCGGUUAGCCAAGACGGGAGGAACGCGGAGCCCCAGCCUUCGAUAUAUCCGGGUUUCACGCUGUCUUGCUUUAAGAGGGGACCGCAGGGGGGUGAGAGUGCGUGGUCGAUUAUCAUUGCUGGUUCGCGUGUUCAUGCGGAGGAGGGGAUUGGGCGUGGGGAGGGGGAGUUGGUUUUUGGUGAGCCGAGUAGUGCGGAGAGUUUGGCUGCUUUUGGGAGGGCUGUUGGGAUUGAGGUUCUGCAGAUCUGUUGGAACGUACCCCUCUCCCCCAAUAAUGUUACUGCCAAACCACAUACACACAGACAAAUCUUGAACAUCAACACCAUCGGCCUCGCGACUAUGGACACCUGCCAGCAGAGUGGCACGAGGUCUGCCCUCAACGAAGAGCAUCACGUUCAAGCGCUGAAUUUCCGUAAGCGCGCCGAGGCUUCUGAGCAGAGUAUUGAUGCGCAGAAUGAGACUCACGCUCCCUCCAACGAUAAGGCUUCUCAAGAUGGCACCCCUCAGUGUAACAAUCCUCAGAGCGACACACGCCAGGACAAUGCAAGCCAUGCAGACGCCUCCAACUUCAAAGACUGGCGUCCCCCUGUGGCAUCUUACAGCCUCCUACGUAUCCUCCCAACGGUUGAAAUUCAUGCCAAUUCAACACUCUUGAUCCGCAACCCCCGCGAAAACGGCCCUCAGACGGAUAUUUGCGCGCGAAUACCUGGCUACCUCAACCACUGGGCCGCACGAAUCAGCUGCAACGAUAGUCUGUACGAUUUUCACGAUUGGGUCGUCGGAAACUCAGGAGAGGAGUCUCCCGAGGUAUGGAUGUACGUAUCGACCAAUCCCGACACGUUCAUCAACAUCAACGACAUUCACCUUUUGUCACUGUAUGAGUCUGUGAGUAUUGUCGCUCUCACCAACCCGGGACAUCCUCUACCAUCGGGCUGGACUAAAGUUACAUCGGGAUGGCUGUCAGUUUGUCCGCUUCUGCCUGGCCUUCGUGAUGUCCAGGGUCCUGAGGGAGCGAAAUGGCUGGUCUGA